AGAAAUCCUUAAACACGGAAGAGGUCAUUCAUUCACUACCCAUCCAACGGGGCAUCGAGUCUUUUUCACCCUCUCCCGACCGCUAUCGCAUUUCUCAUACUUUUCGCCGUUGAGAUUUUUCCGGCGGAGCUCUGUCGCCUUCUCUCUUCCUCCGCCAUCAUCAUCUCUAGGGGGUUUCAUUCUCGAUUAGGAAAUUAGGGUUUCGUCGACGACCGUUUCAGGUCUCUUUGAGUAUUAGAUUAGGUCUUCGAUUGAGAGAUUUGUGUCGCCAUGACAAUGGGGGAGCGGAAGACUAUUGACUUGGAGCAAGGAUGGGAGUUUAUGCAGAAGGGAAUCACAAAGUUGAAGAACAUUCUAGAGGGCUUGCCUGAACCUCAGUUCAGCUCUGAGGACUACAUGAUGCUUUACACUACCAUAUAUAACAUGUGCACCCAAAAGCCACCGCAUGAUUACUCCCAACAGCUGUAUGAUAAAUACCGCGAAUCUUUUGAAGAGUACAUCACUUCUAUGGUCUUACCAUCCUUGAGGGAGAAGCAUGACGAGUUCAUGUUGAGAGAACUGGUCAAAAGGUGGACAAACCAUAAAGUCAUGGUGAGGUGGCUUUCUCGCUUCUUCCACUAUCUUGAUCGAUACUUCAUCGCACGAAGAUCACUUCCACCUCUCAACGAAGUUGGCCUCACAUGCUUCCGUGAAUUGGUGUACAAAGAGCUAAACAGUAAAGUGAGGGAUGCCGUAAUUUCAUUGAUCGAUCAAGAACGUGAAGGAGAACAGAUUGACAGAGCUCUACUGAAGAAUGUAUUAGAUAUAUUUGUGGAAAUUGGGAUGGGGCAAAUGGAUUACUAUGAAAAUGACUUUGAAGCUGCCAUGCUUAAAGAUACUGCUGCUUAUUACUCUAGGAAGGCUUCCAAUUGGAUCCUAGAAGAUUCUUGUCCCGAUUAUAUGCUAAAAGCAGAGGAGUGCUUGAAACGAGAAAAGGAUAGAGUUUCUCACUAUUUGCACUCUAGUAGCGAGCCAAAGUUAUUGGAGAAAGUUCAACAUGAACUGUUAUCUGUGUAUGCUACUCAACUGCUGGAAAAAGAGCAUUCAGGAUGCCAUGCAUUGCUUAGAGAUGACAAGGUGGAAGAUUUGUCAAGGAUGUUUCGUCUCUUCUCCAAAAUACCCAAGGGAUUGGACCCAGUUUCCAACAUAUUUAAGCAGCAUGUCACUGCUGAAGGAACAGCAUUGGUCAAACAGGCAGAAGAUGCUGCAAGUAACAAGAAGGCCGAGAAAAAGGACAUAGUUGGUCUGCAGGAACAGGUUUUCGUAAGAAAGGUGAUUGAGCUUCACGACAAGUACUUGGCUUAUGUGAAUGAUUGUUUCCAAAACCACACACUUUUUCACAAGGCUCUCAAGGAAGCUUUUGAAGUCUUUUGCAAUAAGGGUGUUGCUGGAAGUUCUAGUGCAGAAUUACUUGCUACCUUUUGUGAUAACAUCCUUAAGAAAGGUGGGAGCGAGAAGUUGAGUGAUGAAGCAAUUGAGGAGACACUUGAGAAGGUCGUGAAGUUGCUGGCAUAUAUCUGUGACAAAGAUCUGUUUGCUGAAUUCUAUAGAAAAAAACUUGCUCGAAGGCUUCUCUUUGACAAGAGUGCCAACGAUGACCACGAGAGAAGUAUAUUGACCAAGUUGAAGCAACAAUGUGGUGGCCAGUUCACUUCUAAGAUGGAGGGAAUGGUCACUGAUUUGACUUUGGCAAGGGAGAACCAAACUAGUUUCGAGGAGUAUCUGAGCAAUAAUCCACAAGCUAGUCCUGGAAUUGACUUGACCGUUACUGUUUUGACUACUGGUUUUUGGCCAAGCUACAAGUCUUUUGACCUCAACCUGCCGGCAGAGAUGGUAAAGUGUGUUGAAGUUUUCAGAGAGUUUUAUCAAACAAAAACCAAGCAUAGAAAACUUACAUGGAUCUACUCGUUGGGUACCUGUAACAUCAGUGGAAAAUUUGAACCGAAAACGAUGGAGCUGAUUGUAACAACUUAUCAGGCUUCUGCCCUGCUGCUAUUCAAUUCCUCAGAUAGACUAAGUUACUCCGAAAUCAUGACACAAUUAAAUUUGAGUGACGAUGAUGUUGUUAGACUUCUCCACUCAUUGUCAUGUGCCAAGUAUAAAAUUCUUAACAAGGAGCCAAAUACGAAAACCAUCUCUCCAAAUGAUCAUUUUGAGUUCAAUGCAAAAUUCACCGACAAAAUGAGGAGAAUAAAGAUCCCUCUUCCACCUGUGGAUGAGAAAAAGAAAGUCAUUGAAGAUGUUGAUAAAGAUCGAAGGUAUGCUAUCGAUGCCUCAAUCGUGCGUAUCAUGAAGAGUCGGAAAGUUCUGGGUCACCAGCAGUUAGUGAUGGAGUGUGUUGAGCAAUUGGGUCGUAUGUUCAAGCCUGAUUUCAAGGCGAUAAAGAAGAGAAUCGAAGAUCUGAUCACCCGGGACUAUUUAGAGAGAGACAAAGACAACCCUCACUUGUUUAGGUACUUGGCUUGAUCUUGCCUUAACCAUGGGCAAGAGUGGUGAGCUGGUGCUAUUCGAGAUAGCAUGAAAGGCUCGUGGCAUAAGCGGGGCUUGAGCACGAGUAGGUGCUGCCUGCUGUAGCCUCUGUAGUCUGUGUGCCGCUUUUUCAUGAAAUCGUAAAACCAGGAGCUGAUGAAAAGAAGGUUGUACAUUUUGCCAUCCAAACGAGGUUAGUGAAACCCCUGUUAUAAGUUUGUGUGCGCUUUUGGGCGGAGAAGGGGGGGUAAAAUUUGAGUUAUUUUUAUAUAAGAUGGUCCGAUUUAUAUAAUGAGUGGAUCAUUCUAAGUCAGUGUAUUACGAGGACGUCCUGGACUUUGGUUGAUUUUUAGUUGAAAUUGUACAUCUGUUGCUUUUUGAUUGUUAAUUUUGAAUACUAAGCAUCAGGUGAAGUGAAAAAAAAAAUCUCUGGAAAACCUCCUUAUUGUUCUGCUUGUUUAAAAAACUUACAAAGAUUGUUCUUUCCCAUA